GAACACCCUCCCAGGUAUAUAACCCUCCUUCGCCGUUGCUGCCAGACUGGUAUUCUCUCCAGGGAAGGUCAAGGUGGCAGCCAUGAAGACUUUGUGCAUUGCCUUGUUUGUGGUGGCCGUCUUGGUAGGAGAAGGGUAUUCGCUCUGGUGCUACCGAUGUGAAGAAGAACCUUCCAACUGGAAUUGUAUGAAGAUGGUGAAGUGUGACGAGAUGGACAAAUACUGUAGCACAACUGUUACCACCACUAGGAACGGUGAGAACACAACGUAUCGGCUCAGCAAGAAAUGCGCCCCUCACUGUACUGCGAAGUUCUCCGAUACCAGCUCAGGAUCCACUUCGACUAGUUGUUGCGAGAACUCCCUGUGCAAUAUUAGUGGGGCCAGCAGCGUGAAAACCAACGGGGCGAUGGUGACCUUCGGGAUUUUGGCAAGCCUGUUCUACAUCUUCCGGUCAGGAUUGUGAGAGUGUGAAGCUCACGUUUCCAUCUAAAAAACGAGCAAAGCUCAACUCCAUCCAGCGUGUCCAGAAAGCAUCAUGGAAGAGCUUGCUUAUGUCCAUUGCACCUUCUUCCGAAGGAAAACUACACACAUGGAACUUUAUCACCUGCAGGUUCCUUGUUCCUUGUAAAUAUUGUUCCCAUUUAAAAAAAUCAGUUACUCUGAUUGUGUGAUGAUUCAUUUCUUGUUCUACUUACUGCAAUCCAGAAAGGUAACUCACUGAAAGAUUGUUACUAUGGCCCUGGGAAAAAAACGAAAUGCUCUCUGGUUCCCCCAAGUGGCCAAUUCAGAUAUUACACUUUGGACAUUCUGCGUAUAUUCCAAGAUACAGUAAAUAGACUCUCAGUUAGUACUCGUAGGGAUAGGUAGAUGCCAGAUAAGUGUUGUUUCUGAUUGCUUGAGAGUUGCAAUUAAUUGAUACUAUCUCGUUUCAUAUAUCAUGCCAUAAACUUUGUAUGGACUUGAUACUAAUAUUGGAAAACAGUCAUUAAAAGUAUAUUAAGAAAAAAGAAACACAGCUUACAUGUUUACUAAUACAAUUUAUUUUAUUUUGAUUUAUUUAAAGCAUUAUGUCUUGGAGUUUUUUGCCAAUUGCUUCAAAGUUCUGGUUGCUUGAGUUCCAAUUAACCGAGAGUCUGCUGUAUUAUAAAGCAAACCUUUCUGGGUUCACCAUGAUUUAGCCAUUCAUCUUUCCUUUUGAUGUUUCCUUUUGCUUACACACAUUAAUAAGUAAAAGUCAAGAAAACCAUUUCCAUGGCAAUAACAAAAAAGUAAUUCAAGAUUGUUACUUCAAAAAGUAAUUUAAUUACUAUAGUAAUUCAUUACAAAAAUUUACCUUUUUGCUCCACUGGAGAGAAAUAUAUUCCAAUUAUUAUCCUAAACAUGAUAGAUUUCUUCCAGCUAUCUUACUGUAUUAUUCUCUGUCUCAUUUUUUCCUACCUUUUCAUCAUUGUACCUUGAUCUACAUUUGACAUUGUAUUCACUGUUUUUGGGCUGUUUGUUAAUAAAAGUUUUGCCAUUUAA